CUGUUCAAUGGGGCGAUUUAAAAAGCCGAAUUAAGGCUACUUUUAAGGGAUAUUUUCAAAAUGAAAAGAUUGGAGUCUACGAACUCUCCCUGCACAACCAGCAAUAAGAACAUCAAAAUUUGUUCUCUUUUCUUACACCUACUGUGUCUUACAUAACUUACUUUACCUCGACACCUAAACGUAUACCCUUCACAAAGUUUUCGUCCUGUGCAUUCGGUCUGUUCUGUUCUAUGAAUUCGAGGAUAAAAGUCACUAUUUCAGAUGGAUUCCUGGAACGAUCGGGAUCAUUUGCAUAAGCCAGUGACGAUGGCAAAAUUGAAAGGGAAUUCCGGAAAGACCUCACUUGAAUUUUUCAGACGACGAUCAUCCACAGACAAAUUUCGAGGGGCGCUUGAAUGUCGCAAGCAAUGUUCCUGUGAAGAAUGUCACGAUGUUUAUUUGAGCUCGAAAGCCGCAAUCCGAGUCGAGAAUUCUUUGAUGAGUUUGGCUGAACAUCGAUCGCAUCCGUUGAUGAGAAAGGUUUCAGAAGCGGGUGGACUUUCCGGAUCAAAGCACUCAUCGGUUGCCAACGGAAAAUAUUUCAGCUUUGAACCUCUGAUUUCACCUCAGUCCUCUGCUUCCUCCGUUACAACAGUUUCUGAUCAUCUCGAAGACCCGUUAUUAAAGGGAGCAAACUCAUCACACACAUUCCUUCAAGAAACUCGAAUAAGUCGCCGACAAUCAAGGGGCAGCAUCAAUCGUCGCUGGGUAUCUUGUCAACGGAUCGCAUGCUUUUCACCAACAACAGAUGUCGCCGACUACGCAGUUGAUCAUCAUAAAAUCCCAUCAGCAGGUUCUGCGGAGUCAGUUGCAAGCUUGACGUUUUUGUCUGACAUGAUAUGGAAACAGAGUGGAGUUGAACCAGAAGACGAUUUGAAAAACCGAGCUUCUCAGGAUUCGAUGCAUGUGAUGGCCGCAUUAGAACCAGACUAUGGAGGAUGCUUGAAUAAUCGAAAAGAAUCGUAUUCCGUUGAUGAGAACGAAAAUGAGGAGCACGUAAAACAACCCGGAUGUCUGGCUUUCAGGAUUUUAGCUUGGCUUUUUUGGCCAGCGAUUAUGAUUGGAAUGCAAUUGUUGAAGGAUAUUCGGCAGACGAGGGUCGAUAGUUGGCGAGGAACCCAGUUUGUCUGUUUGUACGGGGGUUUCGGGGGAUUUCUAGGAGUUCCGAUUGUUGGCCAAGAGGUUUCCUCUGGUGAGGUACAAUCCGAUGCAGCAUCAAAUGAAGGAAGGAGCUGCGAUGAAGAUUUUGUCGAUGAGACGCCGUAAUUGACAAAUGUCGCCAGCUGUUUUCGAUAAGAAAAACGGAGCUUACUUCUCAGCCGAACAUUUGUGUUUCUUCGCCGAUGCCUUUUUUGUAUACUAAUGUACUCCUUUAUAAGUCACUCAUGUGAAAAUAAAUCAUUGAAACAAACAAA